AUGAAUCAAAAUAUUUUAUUGGUCGUGCCUCUCAUUAUUUUCAUAUAUUUGAUAAAAAACACAACAAGCACCUCCUGCUACCAAUGCAACAGCUACAUCAACCCAAGUUGCGGCGAUCCAUUCAGAUCUCACUUUUUUGUCAGAAAUGUCGUAAAUUGCACAGAAGAAGCUGAAAGAAGGCACAUCAAUCUUACAGACUCCAAAACAUUUUGUCGAAAAAAUAUCCAAAUUGUGGACGAAACUGUUCGAAUAAUCCGCGAUUGUGGAUUUUAUCAUGGUCGUGCUAAUGAGCAGGAAAGAUGCGUCAGACGAUUCGGAAGUGAAAAUAUUAAACUUUGGAAUUGUGCGUGCGAUGAAGAUUAUUGUAAUGGAAGUCGAACUCUGUCGAGUCAGGGGUUCUGGAUGAUUAUUUGUGCUGUAUUUGCUGUGACUUUUGAGAGAUUAAACUCGAUGUUCAAAUAA